CCUAAAUGUUGUUUUGGCUUGUUCCAUCACCAACACAUUUACUGGUUUAUAUUUAAAGUUAAUAAAUGAUACUUACAGUAGUAACUAAUAAUCUGAUUAACUAAUUUGACUGUUAACACUUGAAUAAUAUAAUAUAAUUAAUGUAUUUUAUGAAAAACUCCCCCACGCACUUGGACGUAAACAAAAAGCUCACAUGUAUGGCCAAGAUGGUCGUAGACAGAAUACUGUAUUGAUUUUCCUUAUUUAGCUAGCUUAUUUAGAAGAAAUUAAACACUGUUUCAUACCAUUAGGUGCUAAAUUGAUAAAGUUAAAACUACAUAUUCUUUCUGAAACGGUAAACACAACCUCAGCUGCAGAAUGAGUAAUAUUUACAUCCAGGAGCCGCCGACAAAUGGGAAGGUCCUGCUGAAAACUUCAGGAGGUGACAUUGAUAUUGAGUUGUGGUCCAAAGAAGCUCCCAAAGCAUGCAGGAACUUUGUGCAGCUGUGCAUGGAAGGUUACUAUGAUGGCACCAUGUUCCACCGGGUGGUGUCUGAGUUCAUCGUUCAGGGCGGAGAUCCCACCGGAACAGGCACAGGUGGAGAGUCCAUCUACGGGCGACCAUUCAAGGAUGAGUUUCACUCCAGACUGCGCUUCAACCGGAGAGGUUUGGUUGCGAUGGCGAACGCCGGACCACACGAUAACGGCAGUCAGUUUUUCUUCACCCUGGGUCGAGCAGACGAGCUCAACAAUAAACACACCAUAUUUGCAAAGGUGACAGGAGACACGGUUUAUAACAUGCUCCGAUUAGCAGACGUUGAAUGUGACGGCGAUGAACGACCUCUGAAUCCCCACAAGAUUAAAACAGCUGAGGUGCUUCAUUCUCCUUUUGAUGACAUCGUACCACGAGAAGUCAAGAAAUCCAAGAAGGACAAAGACAAAGAGGAGGGAAAGAAGUCACAGUCCAAAGCCACAAAGAACUUCAGUCUGCUGUCGUUUGGAGAGGAAGCUGAAGAAGAGGAGGAGGUGGCGACUCAAGUCAGCCAGACACUAAAGGGAAAAAGCAAAAGCAGCCACGACCUCCUGAAAGACGACCCCAGACUGAGCUCUGUCCCUGCUGUCGAUAAGAAAAAGAAGAAGGGAACACCAGGAGACGCUGCGGAGUCUGAUGAUGAAGUCAGCGGUGAUGAUAUUGAUGACGAUGACAGUGAUACAGAUGAAGACCCUGAAAAGAAAGAGAGGAUGAGGGAGGCCAUCAGGAAGAAGCUGCAGAGAGAGAAAGGGUCAGCGAUGGAUCCCUCUGAGGAGGAGAGAGGGAAGAAACCCAGCCGGAGUGAUGAAUUGCGUAAAGAGGCUCGGCAGUUGAAGAAGGACCUGCAGGCGAUCAAACAGAGGAAAGAGGAGAGUUUAAAACCUCCAGUAGAAGAAGUCAAGGAAGUCGAGAAAAAGGCGUCCAAUGAGGCCGUCGCUGAGUACCUGGAGGGUCGGAAGAGGUACGAAGAUCUGAGGAAGCAGAAGAAGACGAAGAAAUCAGGCAGAGAGGAACAGACUCUGGCGCUCCUCAAUAAUUUCAAGUCCAAGCUGUCGUCAGCCAUCACUGAAGCCCCGCAGGACGAGCAGGAGGAGGAGGAGCUGGCAGAGGAUGACGACAAAGGAUGGAUGGCCCAUGUUCUGCAGUUUGAUGAGCAAACCAGAAAAGUCAAGGAUGCCAACAUGCAGGACGAGGACACUUUCGAGAUCUACGACCCACGCAACCCCGUCAAUAAACGCAGGAGAGAGGAGAGCAAGAAGAUCAUGAAGGAGAAGAAGGCCAAGAGGUGAGGUCGCCGGGUCAAAGGUCGGGUCCUGCCAAAGCCGUGUAACACGUGAAAGACAAACUGGUCCUGCAGCACCCUGCAUGUCCUCCUUUCCACCACUUCAAACCCAACGCUCUCUGUGCUGAACAUCUGGAUGCUGAUGCUGACCAUACGCUCUCUGUAAUCUGUGAUGGAAACGCUUUCCUUUUAACAGCUGCGCCCAGACGACUCCGACUUACUCAUCAGGACGUCUUAAACUCUGCUCGCAGUAAUGAUUGAGGUCAUGAUUUGAUUUCAUGUAAUGCUGUUAACUUUUAUAUCCCAUUCUUCUGUAAAUGUUUCACAGGGAGCGAUAGACUCUGUCAGAAAAAUAAAAUGCAUUUGUAAGCA